ACCCAAAGAGCGGGAGAACGAGAUGACCCAGGAGUACGACAACAAACGGCCAGUGUUGGUUCUUCAGAAUGAAGCACUCUAUCCACAGCGUCGAUCUUACACCAGUGAAGAUGAAGCUUGGAAAUCUUUCCUGGAAAACCCUCUUACUGCAGCCACCAAAGCGAUGAUGAGUAUCAAUGGAGAUGAGGACAGUGCAGCUGCCCUUGGCCUGCUCUAUGACUAUUAUAAGGUUCCCAGAGAGAGAAGAUUAUCAACAGCAAAGCCAGAUGUUGAACACCCUGACCCGGAUCACAACAAAAGAAACAGCAUACCAAAUGUGACUGAACAACCCCUCAUUUCUGCUGGAGAAAACAGAGUGCAAGUUCUGAAAAAUGUGCCAUUUAACAUUGUCCUACCCCAUGGCAACCAACUGGGCAUCGAUAAGAGAGGUCAUCUAACUGCCCCUGACACAACGGUCACUGUGUCCAUAGCGACAAUGCCUACACACUCCAUCAAGACGGAAUCUCAGCCACACAACUUUGCUGUAGGAAUUCCCCCGGCUGUUUAUCACCCUGAACCCACUGAACGUGUAGUGGUGUUCGACCGCAGCCUUAACCCUGACCAGUUCAGCUCAGGUGCUCAGCCCCCAAAUGCUCAGAGGCGUACUCCAGACUCCACCUUCUCAGAGACCUUCAAGGAAGGCGUGCAAGAGGUACAGGAAACAACAAAUCUUCCUAAUAGGGCUGUGCAUAAGAACAACUUUGAAUAUACUCUAGAAGCCUCAAAAUCCCUUCGACAGAAGCCAGGAGAUAGCACCAUGACAUAUCUGAACAAGGGCCAGUUUUACCCUGUCACCUUGAAAGAAGUGAGCAGUAAUGAAGGAAUUCACCAUCCCAUCAGCAAAGUCCGGAGUGUGAUUAUGGUGGUGUUUGCUGAAGACAAAACUCGGGAAGAUCAGCUAAGGCAUUGGAAAUACUGGCACUCCAGGCAACACACGGCCAAACAAAGAUGCAUUGAUAUAGCUGACUAUAAGGGUAAGCUUCAAUACCAUCAGGUAACAUUGAAGAGAUUGCCUACAAUCGCAUUUCUUUCACUUGGGACAUUAACGAUGAAGCAAAAGGUGACAGAGAAUGAAGAAUCAAGGAUACCUUUAGGUUGGAAGCCUAGGAAACUAGAAGGGCUGUGGUUGCCCUUGAUAGAAACAGGAAGUGCAGAAAAGGUUUUUAUUUCUGUGAACUGCUUAAGCACAGAUUUCUCCUCUCAGAAGGGUGUGAAGGGGCUGCCCCUUAACAUUCAAAUUGACACAUACAGCUACAAUAACCGAAGCAACAAACCUGUUCACAGGGCCUAUUGCCAGAUUAAAGUCUUCUGUGAUAAGGGAGCUGAACGAAAGAUCAGGGAUGAAGAACGAAAACAAAGCAAAAGAAAAGGCAAGUGCACUGACCCCAGCUCCCAGUUGAACGCCUGUCUUGAUAUGAAAGUGCCUCUGCUUCCAUCCCACAAAAGAAUGGACAUCACAAUUUUCAAGCCCUUUAUUGAUCUUGACACUCAGCCCGUUCUCUUUAUCCCCGACGUGCACUUUGCCAACCUUCAACGUGGGGCUCAUGUUCUUCCUAUUGCCUCAGAGGAAUUGGAAGGUGAAGGGUCUAAUAUGAAAAGGGGACCAUAUGGAACUGAAGAUGACUUUACUACUACACCUCCUGCUAAGCUGACCAGGAUAGAGGAACCAAAGAGAGUACUGCUCUAUGUUCGAAAGGAGUCAGAAGAAGUUUUUGAUGCACUGAUGCUCAAGACUCCAUCUUUGAAGGGCCUAAUGGAAGCUAUAUCAGACAAAUAUGAUGUCCCUUAUGAUAAAAUUGGAAAAAUCUUCAAGAAAUGUAAAAAAGGAAUCCUGGUGAACAUGGAUGAUAAUAUAGUAAAGCACUAUUCUAAUGAAGACACCUUCCAGUUGCAAAUUGAAGAGGCAGGAGGGUCGUACAAACUUACUCUUACUGAGAUCUAAAGACAAGCAAACCCAGAAUUCUACCUGGGUUAAAUGAAGGUGUUCAAUGGACCUUUUUGUUGAACUGCAGGAGGGUGCAACAAUGAACCACUUCCCAAAGAGGAACAGUUGUGGAAGUGAUUCAUGCGAGUGCUUGAAGGGGACAAAAGAGCAUUUGGAUUGGAAAUGGUAACAUUGAUAUAUUUUGUCUUCUUCAGAUGACAUGGAAUCAAUAUGUGAAAUUUAUAAUAGUUUACAUUUAUAGAGCGUGUCACAGCUACAAAGUACUUAAUACACAUUGUUUCAUCUGAGCCUCCUAAUAACUGAGGCAGAUAACAGCGAGUACUAUUAUCCCAGUUUUAUAGAUGAAAAAACUAAAAUUCAGAGAGUAAUCGCAUAGUAGGUGGUAAAAGCCACAUCUAAACCUGUACUUUAAGUAGACUGCCCUUCCCAUGGUACUGUACAACGUCUAAAUUUAGUACUAAAAGACUAUUUAUCCCAUGGUUUUGUGAACUGGUUCACCAGUACACUGCCAUUUACCAAUUUCUUAUCUGUUCCACCUUCUUACUUAUGAAAAUUUAAACAAAGAGCAAUAGAUUUGAAUUUAAGCUUUUCUUACCCUCAACUAACUUGAGUAUCUUGUGAGACUGUCUCAUGCUUGUGAGAGUUAGACAUUAUUCUGUAACCUCUUUUCCUCAAUAAGUGUUUACUAAAUAGGUAUGAUACUGAAAUCUUUCUUUGUAACUUUCUUGGACAUAUAAUAAUGGCCUUAUGAAGAACUGAAAUGGGUUAUAGUAUAAAAUCAUUUUAGAUAAAGCUGUAUUGUAUAUAAGUGCAAUAUAUUUUUGAAGGUUCUGUAAAUGUAUGUAUAUAUAUGUCACAUAAAUAUAUAAUAUAUAAAUAUGGUAUUCAUGUACAUAUAAUGAUAAAUGCAAUGAAAGCUAUCUCAAAGAAAUUCCACAAACCAAGGUAAAAUUAUUUUUGAUGGUAUGCACCAAGAUGAUCAAAUACAGCAUUCAAAUGUUUCUUUGAUAAUGUUUUCCCAAACACAUGUAUUUAUUCCAUAGUAUAGUAAUACCUUUUAGUAUUCUGUAUGAGGUGGCUGUGUCCAGGUUUUGAUAUUACAUUAACAAGUGAAAUUUAAAAACAAAAGACUCCUAUACUCAUUUAUGUUGUAUAUGUACUGGACAAAUAUGCCUUCGUUAAGUGAACAAAAAUGAAUGAAUAGUUAAUAUUCAGUAAAUGAUAAAACUUAAUUCAAACUGGAAUUCUUCUUAAUCUGCUGGGUUGGAGAUGAGAAAAGUUCUACUUUAAAAUGCUUAGAAGCCUCAGACUUUGGUUCUUUUCUAUUACAAUUUUGGGAAACAUUCAUGAAUUUAUGACUAAGUUACUAUGGCAGGGGAAGUUUUGUAUACAUAUAAAUAUAUCCAACUACUGAAAAAUGUAAAUUUAUAAUACAACUACAAUCACGGGUAUUUCUUAGGUUCAGGGAUGAUAUAGCCUAGGCCCUUUGUACAAGUAGAAUCGAUAGCAAUAUUUUUGUGUUUCAAAUAUUUUAAUGAAGUAUGUGAACUAAAUUGAUGAUUUGUUUUCUAAUAUAAGAUACUAUGGGACACGGGUCAUAUAACACUGUUUUAUAUUUUGUUUUAUGAAACUGAUUUUUGCCUUGUGUGCUGUUUUUAAUUGUAUCAUUGAAGAUGUAUUUUAAGACAA